GUGAGCCCAGCCAAAGAGGAUCCCUCCUCUUCCGCCUCCAGAUUUUGAAGGGGGCGAAGCCGUUCCCACAGCGAAGGAAAGGAAAAGAGGUUCUGCUCGCGGUGUCUGAGCAUUCCCUGCUGGAAUCGGCGGGGAACGCGCUGAGUGUUCCUGUCCUGGACGAGCGGGACCCUGGGGCUGGGCUGAUCCCAUCGCACCCUCCCCGAGCCGCUGCUCCGGCCUUUUCCUGGCCACACGGUGGCACAAGAUGCCAGAAAUUCACUUUUCAGAAGCCCUCGAGUCCCAUCGCCAGGCGGGCUCGGGGUUCCCGGUGCCGCUGCUGUCUCCAUCCAACCCAGGAAUUGCUGUUUGGAGCCUUUGUGGCUGAAAACCCCUCUGUGAAGGGUUUUUGGGAGUUGUGGGAUGUGGAGUAUAAACUGAAAAUCCCUUUGCAGAAAGGCUGUGGAGAGAGAUGAUCCCAGCACACACAAGGGCUGCAGGAAAAGCUGCUCACGGGUGUUUUAGAGGCAGAGCGAGCCCCUGCUCCUCUCGGAACCGGGCCGGAGGCGAGCUCCAGCUCUGCUCCAGGCUCUGGGAGAGGAGUGAGCUGUGGGGAAGGGAUAGGGAUGGAUCUUCUGGGGCAUGGAAAUGGAUGGGUGGAUGUCCCCUGGAAUUUUUAUUCCUGUGGGAACCCCCUGCCCUGCCCGGCAGAGCCUCCGAUGGAUCCCAGCGCGGUGCCGGAGCCACGGGCAGCUCCUUCCCGGGGGAGCAGGAACAGGAGUGGGAACAGGAGUGGAGACAGGAGCAGGAGUCAGGACAGGAGCAGGAGUCAGGACAGGAACGAGGACAGGAGCAGGAGUGAGGACAGGAGCGGGAGCUGCGCUGCUGCCACUCCCGGGAGGAGCCUGGGAGGGGAAUGAGGGAGGGAGAGGAGGCAGCGGCAGGAAAACAGGCUGGGAAUAGCCGGGGUACCGGGAGUCCGUGCCGGCGCCGCACACCCAUGGUACAGCCUCGGGGCUGCUGCUCUCGGCGCAGCGGAAUUGCCAGCGGAUGUUUUAAAUCGGGCCAGUCCGGGGCUGUUUUCCCUUGGCAGAUGCUGCUGUGCCGUCCCGCGGAGUUGCUGGGAACCACCUGGGUGCUCCUGGCAGGGCUGCUGCUGCCGUUCCCUCCAGCUCUGGAAGCAGCAGGACCUGUCCACAGAGCUGCUGCUGUGGGAUCCUCAGUGCUGUUCCCUGGGCUGGAAAACAUCACCCACAGCGAUUCCAUGUGCUGGGAAUUCCUCAAUGGCAGCGGCCCCCACCCCAUCCUGCAGCACCACGGGGGGAUCCUGGCCCCAGCCAUCCACGCUCCCUAUGCAGGACGAGCUGUUUUCCAUCCAUCCAACGGAUCUCUCCUGCUGGAGGAUGUCCAGGAAAGUGACAGUGGCACCUACAGAGUGACAGGAGACAGGGAGAGCCUGGAAAUCCAGCUGGAAGUGCUCAAGCCUGUGUCUCACCCUCAGCUCUGGACCAGCAGCCUCGUGGCUGGGGCCACUGGCCAGGUGCUCUGUGAGGUGGCAGAGGGCAGAGUGGACAUCAUCACCUGGAGGAAGGAUGGGCAGCCCCUUGCCCCAGACGGAGUUUCCCAGCUGUCCAGCAGCCACAGCGUUCUGUACCUGAGGCCAGCCAAGAGGUCAGACUGUGGCUCCUAUUCCUGCAACGCCAGCAACAGGAUCAGCUGGCAAGAAACGUCCUUGGAGGUCACCAUUGAAGGUCUCUCUGCUCGCUUGAAGUAUGCCCUGAGGAUGGCAGUGGUCGCUGUGAUCUUCGCUGUUAUCUCGGCGUGGGGAUUAAUUAUUCCUGUCUGCCAGUCCCAAAAGCUCAGGAUAAGAGGGGAUCUCUGGAGGUGGCUCAGCUCCUACACCUGUGGGCUGGUGUGCAUCGCCUGCAUCCUGGAUGGCACCACCGGCGUCCUCUGGAUGUGGGAGGAAGGCCCUUCUGUGGCUGUGAUACUGCCUGGGAUCACCCUGAGCUACCUCACCGUGGUCACCUUCCUGGUUGCCAUCACUGUGAUUUUCCAGCCUACAGAUUUCAGCCAUCUGAAGAGCAAAAAAGCACAGCGCACCAUGGGCUACGCCGCGCCUGGGGCCGUGGUGGCCGUGGUGCUGAGCAGCUCCUUCCUCAUCAAGAGCAUCUAUCACCGCCACGAAGAAGGAUGCACAGAGUUCAUGGAUGUGACCAUCCUGGUGGCCACCACGGCGGUUGUGGCAGCCCUGCCACUCCUCGCCAUCGGCCUCUGCUAUCAAAGGACUCAGGGCUGGCACAAGGACCACGAAGACUCUUGGGCAGACAAAGUCAGCUCCUUCAAGAUGUCUCAGGCAGACACCAAGGACACCAUUCCCAGCUGAGAUCCAUGGGGUGUUUCUGACUUGGCUAAGCCAGCCCAAGCCUUCCCCCAGGUUCAGUGGCUCCAGGGGUCACAGUUUUGGGUCCUCUAUGAUCCUCAUAAUAAAUGUCCAUGAAAUUAA